AUUCGUGCCCGCCUACUUGUAUUUCGAAAUAGCUGACCUCAACGACCUUCCAACGACCAAGAGGAGCACGUUUGGCGGAUACUUGCGCUCAGGUGUCAUGCCUGAACGUGCCGCAUUAUGCGAUAGAACAGGGGGUUCUGAAGGUUGAUAGGACCACGUUUUUCAUACGAGGUGGUGCGAGACGAUAGUCUCGACCGUCGAUAUUGCAUCGUGUAUAGGCUAUCACAUUGCGUCACCUCACAUUCGGAGAUCACAGGAGUGAUGAAAUGUUGGUCGCGUAUGGUAUAAGCUGCCGUCAGGGCAGUAGGUCCGGCGCAGUAUAUAAACGGCGCCUGUUGCUGCGGACGAGGGAGAGGAAAUAGUCGCUUGAACUACAUCCCCUUUCCAAUUCUCACGAGACACAGAAAGCAGAACACAAUGUCUUUUACCGCAUCCUCCGAAGAUAUCCGCGUUGAUGGCGGCUCCACGCUCAGGGGCCGUCUACGGACUGAGAGUGGAAACUGGGUUGACGCCCAUAUCAACUUGAACGAGUUCAUCGGAAACAAGGACGGGAGAUUCGAAUGGGGUGGAAAGAACUUCACCGAUACUGCCGAGGAUAUUCGAUACGCGAUCGAGGGAGGUGCCAGCGUGCCAGUCCUUCGUGCUCGCCUAAAGAAGCUCGACGGCGAGUGGGUUGAGGCUGAUAUCAACCUGGCUGAGCGAGUUCAGAACGACAAUGGACGAUUCGAAUUCCGUGAGUUCACCUAAUAGGCUGGCUUCCAAAGCUUCUUGUCAUAAGGACGAGCUUCCAAAUGCCAUUUUACUGACACC